AUGGUGAACAAUGAUCUUGGCAGCCUUUUUGAAAUCUCUCUUCUUAAGGAAGAGAGGAAAGUUCCUAGAGAGAUAUUCGGGGAUUGGUAUAUUCGGAAGUCUAGCCCUGCAGACUGCCAGCAGCUGAUAGAUAUGCACGGGUCGGUGCACGGGUUUCCCGGGAUGUUGAGCAGCAUAGAUUGUAUGCAUUGGGAGUGGAAGAACUGCCCCACCACCUGGAAAUUGAUGUACACUACCGGCUUCAAAGGCAAGCAUCCCACAGUGAUCCUUGAAGUUGUAGCUGACUACCGACUGUGGAUAUGCCAAGCUUAUUUUGGAGUAGCCGGGUCGAACAACGACAUCAACGUCCUCCAGUCGUCACCCCUAUUCAACGAUCAGUGCAAUGACGUUGGUCCCGCCAUCGUUACACACUCGACCGAAACCUGCACCUUUCACGGGCGCAAGGACGCGGAGCGAACAUUUGGUGUGCUCCAGAGUCGAUGGGCGUGGACCAAUGAAGAUGCUAUGGGUGCCGGUCCAAGCCACGGCGUGGCCACCGUGAAUGUACAUAUGGGGGUACCUCAUGGAGAGGUCGAUUGGAUUCGCGCAUUUGCCAACAUGCGCCAAACACAAGCCCAUAUACAACUUCAGAACGAUAUCGUGGAAGAGCUUUGGAUGCGGAGGGGUAGACGUUGA